AUGUGGGCGGUCACAGGACGAGAAGCGCCGUCCGUGCGCUCUUCUUCGUCUUCUCUUGUCCCAGCAACAAAGCUGCUCCGCAUGUGUAGUUCCCAUGUGAUGCUCCCCGAUACUGUAUUGCGAUCAGAGCUCUCCUCGGGACAUACAGGGUGCUGUGCUUCUUUCCAAAUGCUUUACCACAGCCCGCUCUACUUCAAAACAAGGCCAGUCAACUCAUGGGACUCUCUGCCAAGAGACGCGAGGGUGGGCUCCUGA